ACGAAUUUUCCGCAUCCGGUGUUUGGCGCGCUCUACUCAAAACAACAGCAAGCAAAAGUUGGAAGGACAAGUCGCCAACACACGCACACGCGCUGUCUCUCUACAUCCCUAUCUCCAUCUCCAUCUCUCUCUCCAUCUCUCCAUCUCCAUCUCUCUCUGUCUCUCUAUCUCUACCUCUCUCUCUCUCUCCGUGUGUCACUCUCACACAGCCAUGGCGGGAAAGCUCGAGUUUGCGGGCGACUUUGAGUCGAGCGACUUGGUGUUGAUGCAAGUAGACAGCCACGUGCUGGAUGCCAUCGAACAGGGCAAUCAACAGGUGUCGUUCAAGGCAUGUGGGAACGACUCUGUGGUCUUGUGCACUGAUACGCGCACGUAUUCGGUGAAGCACGCUGACGUCUCCAACGCACACUACGUUGUGCCACCGGAUCCCGAGCACGCAAGCGACGUGCUCGCAUUUCCACCUGGCCGUCCUCGCCAAGUCCGCGGAAACAUAGCAUCAUACUUUGAGUUGCGACACGUCGACCCAAGCGUGGCCAAGGUGCAGGAGCUCCUGCGCGAAUGCGAAUACAACGGGCCCGAGGAGGAAGCGGCUAGGAACACACAAACGCUGUACACGCUGGAUGCAUUGCUGGAUGUGGUGCGGGCAAGUAGAGAAGAACUCCUCACAGCACUGCACGAUAUGCACGCAUUUGAACACGACGACCACUGGCGGGUGCUUGGGGAGCGGUACAAGUUUGAGGUGACAGAUCUGCUGCUGAAGACGGCUGCUGGCGACGAUUGGAUUGCUGAUGGCGUUCCUCUGGACGAGUGCACUGCGUCGCUCGCCGAAUGUGAUAUCCCGGGCUUUGUUGUACGCGCCGUCCUCAAGGAGAUGGCCACGCCACUGGACGAUAUUGGGGCGCGGUGGCGACUGGACGAGGCCGCAGUCUGUCGAUUCCGCGCACAGGAAUUCCUGCAAAUUGGAUCGUCGUGGGAUCUCGACAGUUUUACAGAGACAUGGGCGGCAUCACUUCCAGAGGGAAUGCACCCCAACCCAGACUACCUGAAGGGAUUGGCGCUCAUUUCGAAGCCGUCGGAGUUGGACGAGAAGCAGACAGUACAGUACUUCCCAGCAUCGUCGCUGCCUGUUGAGCCGCGUGCACGGUUCGCAGCGCUGUUCUCCGCGCGUUCCGUCUGGACCGACGACGACAUCACACCGUACAUCGCCGGGAUUGUGAGCAAGUUACAGACACGGGAAGCGCUGUUGAUGAAACACGCACGUGGAUAUGAAGGGAAGGACGGUACGCGCAUGUACAAUCAGAAGUAACCCAAACGGGUUGGUGUCAACGAACACAGACCAAAAAGCGGGCGGUGGUGCAAACUCGAGUCGCGUCGCAUCGAGUGCAACAAGAACAUGCGACGAUGACGAGCGGGGCGCCGCUGUUGCCGUUGCUGUUGUCGCGUUCGUCGUUGUCGUCGUUGUCGUCGUUGUCGUCG